GUUUAAAACCUAAGCUUGCGCCAGGGAUUCGAUAGGUUCGCCGCUGCGGAGGUGGGUUCUGAAGCCUGAAAAUCUCCAUCCACUGCUAGUCUGUCAGUCUACCUAUUUCUCUCACUCUCUCGUGCGCGGGCUGCUGUAUUUUUUGCUUGGGAAGAGAUUAUUACUCCCGGCUUCUUCUCCCUAUCUCCAAAUAAUUUCUUCGAUUUCUUCUGCAAUGGCUUUGUCACUGAACCACCCUAUCUCCCUCGGCAUUAAGGAAAAGGAUUGGAUGUGGGAAAAGGGGGUUUCUUUGCAUAAAUGUGGUGUUCUCCAGUUUCGGAGCUGUGAUGGGUCUUACCAGCGGGGGAAAAGGGUUUCAUCCAUCGUUUGCUUGGAUGUGGGAACUAGUUCCAUCUACAUUCCUGCCGCUCCUAUAGUUAUUCCUGAAGGACCCUGGAAACAGAUUCCUGGCGGUGUUACUGCUGCGAAAGGAUUCAAAGCUGCAGGACUCUAUGGCGGUUUACGUGCAAAAGGAGAGAAGCCUGAUUUGGCUCUCGUAACUUGCGAUGUUGAUGCCGCUGUAGCAGGGGUGUUCACGACCAACAUUGUUGCAGCUGCUCCGAUUAAAUACUGCAGAAAUGUGCUAAAGCUUUCAAAUACAGCACGUGCAGUAUUGAUUAAUGCUGGUCAAGCAAAUGCUGCUACCGGCGAUCCAGGUUAUGAAGAUGCAGUAGAAUGCGCUCAUUCUGUUGCCCAGCUUCUUCAACUGAGACAAGAAGAUGUAAUGAUUCAAUCAACUGGUGUGAUUGGUCAAAGGAUUAAAAAGGAAGCUCUUCUAAGUUCACUUCCCAGAUUGGUUAAUUCCCUAUCAGCAACAGUUGAAGGGGCAGAUGCUGCAGCUGUUGGUAUUACCACCACCGAUCUUGUCAGCAAAAGUGUUGCUAUAGAGGCUGAGGUUGGAGGAGCUCUUGUAAAAGUUGGUGGAAUGGCCAAAGGUUCAGGAAUGAUUCACCCCAACAUGGCAACUAUGCUCGGUGUUGUAACCACUGAUGCCCUGGUUACCAGUGAUAUUUGGAGAGAGAUGGUCCGAAUAGCAGUAAAUAGAAGUUUCAACCAGAUCAGUGUAGAUGGAGAUACGAGUACGAAUGAUUGUAUCAUCGCUAUGGCCAGUGGAUUAGCAGUUCCAGACAAGAUUUCAUCAGCUAAUAGCAUAGAGGGAUGUCAACUUCAAGCGUGCCUUGAUGUCGUUAUGCAAGGCCUUGCAAAAUCAAUAGCUUGGGAUGGUGAGGGAGCAACUUGCUUGCUUGAGGUUAUUGUUUCUGGUGCCAAUAAUGAGGCGGAAGCAGCGAAGAUUGCUCGGACGGUGGCAUCCUCUUCGCUUGUAAAAGCAGCUGUCUAUGGUAGAGAUCCUAAUUGGGGUCGCAUAGCAUGUGCUGUUGGCUAUGCUGGCAUUGAUUUUGACCUUAAUGCGCUUCACUUAUCAUUGGGAGAUAUCCCUCUCAUGCGCAGUGGGCAGCCACUUCCUUUUGAUAGGGUUGAAGCCAGCACUUAUCUCAAACAGGUCGGAGAGUCUCACGGCACCGUAGAGAUCCACAUAUCUAUAGGCAAUGGAAGUGGGUGUGGAAAAGCCUGGGGAUGUGAUCUAAGUUAUGAUUAUAUCAAAAUAAAUGCUGAGUAUACAACUUGAUUCCUAUCAGAGAAUAUGGGCUAUUCAUCCUAACAUGCACCCCUUCAUGUCUGUAAGACUAUCUGUCUUGCUUUUCGUGAAAUUAAGUUAUUUGCAUUUUUUGGUUUUUUUUUUCUUUCAGUUGUACCCCUCAAAAUCCAUUUUCUACUUAUUUUUUAUGUUUAUU